AAGUAUUACUUAGGUGCCCGUUUCUACAACUUGAAAGGAGAUUAAAUUAGAUCAACACCGGUUGAACUUUGUCAUUCAUGCGCUAAAGAAAACAUUGUUUCCCCUGUCUAAUUCGAUAUGAUGGGAUCAAUAGCUCGAUUAUCAUUCACAACAAGGUUACUUGGAACUAAGUCUGGUUUAUAUAGAACUAUGACUAUGGCAGCCACAGAUUACCAAUACGAAAACUUGAAAAUCACUAAACCAAGUGAGUGGGUAUUCCAUGUAGAAUUUAACCGACCUGACAAAAGAAAUGCCAUCAAUCGAGCUUUAUCAGAAGAUAUUGUUUCUUCCUUCAAAAAGCUUUCCUAUGAUCCAGACUGCCGUGUUGUGGUUCUUAGCGGAGCAGGACGAACAUUUACUUCAGGAAUUGAUUUUGCCUCAUUAGCAGAAGUUCACCAAGAGACUGGAGAUAUGGAAGUAUCAAGGAGGGCUUUUGCACUUCAUAAAGCUAUCAAAGAUUUCCAAGAAACUUGCAGUUCAUUUGAAAAGUGUCUUAAACCUGUAAUCUCAGCUGUCCAUGGCGCCUGUAUUGGAUUUGGUGUGGAUCUAAUAACAGCCUGUGACAUGAGGUAUUGUACCAAAGAUGCAUGGUUCCAAGUAAAAGAAGUAGACUUUGGUCUUGCAGCUGAUGUUGGUACUUUACAACGUUUACCAAGAAUUAUUGGCAAUCAGAGCCUUGUUAGAGAACUGGCUUACACAGCAAGGUCUAUAACUUCAGAUGAAGCACAUGAUGCUGGACUUGUGAGCCGUGUUUUUGAUGACAAAGAACAACUGAUGAAAGCUGUCCUUGAUACUGCGUCAGUCAUAGCCAGGAAAAGCCCAGUUGCCAUCCAAACUACAAAGAAGAAUUUACUGUAUUCCCAAGACCAUUCAGUCCAAGAUGGUUUGGAUAACAUUGCUGCUUUAAAUCAAGUAAUGUUGCAGAGUGAAGACCUUAUGAAAUCAAUAGCAGAAAAGUCACCAAUCUUCUCAAAACUGUAGUCAUUUAAAUGAGCUGCGACAGUUAAUGUUUUGUAGUUUGAUCUGUUAUAUGGCAUCAACGAUGGAGUAGAUGAGUGUAAAUUAUGCAGAAAUAGUUGGCAAAUGAGAGUAAAGUGCAAUAGGCAAAUAAACUAAUCUAUAUUUAAUUCUAGUUUUUUGGGGGGUGGGGGGGUUAUGCUAAUGUUUGAUUGAAUAACUUCCAUCUUUGAAAUUUCAAACAGAUUUUAUACUGAAAUAAUGACAAAAUAUUUCUUGGUUUAAAAAAAGCAAAACAAAAAACAUCUUCGAUUCUUUAUUAACAUUUUUUCAUUAGAUAUUAUAUCUUAAGAAGCUGAUUGAUUUCUAUCGAUACUUUUUCAUUUUUACAAUAUUUGCUUAAUGAAGAAAGUUGAUGAGUCGACAAACACAAGCUGUCUGACUAAUUCUUUAAACACUAUCCCUAUAAAUUUGGGGUUUAAAAUUCUUUAUGUCUGCUUUUUAUCCUUUUGAGACCUAUUAAAAGCACACCAACCAUAUUGGAAGGUUGAUUCAGUCAGCUGUAUUUGAUUCUCUGAGAAAGCAACUUUGUACCUUAAGAAGAAAUCAAUAUCUAUCAAUACAUUUUCCAAUUACUCUUUCUAUGUAAUAAUAUUUCCUUUAUUGAUUUUGUCUGGUUUUUACAUAAAAAAUAUGAACUUGAAAAUUCUGGAAGUUUCGAAAGCACUAUUUUCAUGUAAUUUAAAAAAUUUUCUGAAUAAAGUUAUAUAUUUUCAUAA